GGGGAGGCGGUCGGCGGGGCUGGGGCGGGGACAGGGGCCUCCUCCGCGCGCCCGGGCCGCCCCGUGAAAUUCCCUCGGGCUCCCAGCCCCGGCCGCAGUGCGGCGCCGCCCGAGCCACCGCGGGGAUGCGGACCGCUUGGCCAGUUAUUUCAGUAUCUUUCUUAACAAAGGAGAACGGUGGCCUCGGAGCUUGUGUUUACUCCGCGCCCUGGAUGCUGCUAAAUCUUGACAACCAUCCUUCGGAGGAGGAAUGCUUCUGUGAUUUUACAAAUAAGGAAAACAAGCAGAGAGGUUAAUUUUUCCAAAUCCAUGCGACUACGCGCCAUGGGAUCAGGAUUUGCUCCUAGAAACUCAGGGGAAGAGGCAUGGAUAGGAGCAGUUACCUGCCAGGGGGCCAGCCGCCAGGUGUUCAGGAGGCUCUUCUGUCAACUGUCUACCUGUGGACUGAUUUGGCUCUUGGCAAGAGUGAUGCUAUGCAGGGCGCAAGUGGUGACCCAAGACGAAAAAAGGCUGCUGAAUACACCCGCUUCCUUAAGAUGCUCUCUGCAAAAUCCCGAGGAAGUCUUGAUAGUGACAUGGCAAAAAGUCAAGCCUGUGAGCCUGGAAAACAUGGUCACCUUCAGCAAGAAUCAUGGGGUCGUGGUCCAGCCUGCCUACAAGGACAAGAUAAAUGUCACCCAGCUGGAGCUCAAGAACUCAACCAUUACCUUCUGGAAUACCACCCUGGAGGAUGAAGGGUGUUACAAGUGCCUCUUCAACACUUUUGGUUCUGGGAAGAUCUCGGGAACAGCCUGCCUCACCCUCUCUGUACAGCCCACAGUGUUUCUUCACUACAACUUCUUCGAAGACCAGCUAAAUAUCACGUGCUUUGCCAAUGCCCGCCCAGCACCUGUGAUCUCCUGGAAGGUCGCUGGGUCAGGGAUUGAAAACAGUACUGAGGUUCUCUUGCACCCCAAUGGGACCACAUCAGUCAUAAGCAUCCUCCACGUCAAAGAUCCCAAGAGACAAGUGGGGAAGGAAGUGGUUUGCCAGGUUCUGCACCUGGGGACAGUGACCAGCCUCAGGCAGACUGUGGAUAAAGGUUUUUGGUUUUCUGUUCCGCUGUUGUUAAGUAUUGUUUCCCUGGUAAUUCUUCUGGUCUUAAUCUCAAUCUUAUUAUACUGGAAACGUCGUCGGAACCAGGACAGAGAGCCCUAGAGGAAUCACACCCUGAAAGUUUUCAGAACCCAGAAAGUUAUGCCCUGGUCUACUUGAAUCUGACUUAAGAGGAAGGCAGGAGGAAAAGGGUCUUCUCUAAGGGACCUAAAGAACAGAAGAGGUAGGGGUAAAAGACCUAAGAAUUCAAGAUUUUCUACUGCCAUCUAAGCUACCCAGCGCUUCUGGGAGUUCCAGAAGGAAGUCAUUUUACCUCUCAAGUCUGUUGUAGGACUUGAUUAUGUGAAGCAAUGCAGCGUUGUGCUGUCGAAAGGAUACUGGAUUUUGAAUCAGUAGCCACAACUCAGAGGCUGACUCGGGCUCUACCUGAUGGCCCUUUGUUCAUCGUUGUAGCUCAAUGAGCUUCACAGCUGCAUCCAGAAAAUUAGAAAUCUGGACCUGAUAGUUUGCCAUUCUGCUCUAAAAACUGAUGUAAUACCAGGAAAAAAAGAAAUAAAGAAAUGGAAAAAAAAAAAAAAAAGAACGGAGAACACAAGAAGGUGUUAAGGACCAGAGAACUUUUCUGAAACCACCUUUUACCUUUCUGUUGCUGUUCCAUCUCUUCUUCCAUAUUGUUCUUAGGUCCAGGAGUCUUGUUUCCUCAUCACCUGGUGAUGGUAGUCACUCUAUGAGGUAACUCAUUGCCUGGUUAGUCACAGGUCUUUCUAGAACCCUUGGUUUCACUGCUGUUCUUCAUGUUCUUCUGUGAUGUUGACCACAAUGACUAUGGAACUGAAUUCAUUACUUACUAGUCAGAAUAACGCUGACAACCUUAACUUGACUUAUCUACUUAUAUAGAAGAAGAAGUAUUCUUGGUCCAGCAGCUCACAUUUUAAAAAAAGCAUUUCCUGUCCCAUUUGACUUAUAAUAUGAUCGAGUUCUAUAUUAGUCAUUGUGAAUUCAAUUUAGUAUAAUGAAAAUAUAUAAUAAAACAAAAACAAGCAUUUAGGAAGUUUCCUGAAUAACAGUCCAUUCAAACGCUUUUCCCUCCUAGCUUCUUUUCCCAUGAGUUAACUUCUCAUAAUAGCAGAGAAAAUAUGUAUGGGUUUACAAAUGCCUUUGUCCUAAAUAUAUUGUUCUAACUAGUGAAACAAUUUUGAACUCUUUUUUUUUUUUUUUACAAUUUUGAACUCUUAAUCACAAGACCAAAUUAGUGACUUUUUCAGUACCUUUUGUCUCUACUCAGUGACCUAGGAACUAAAACGCAAGUUGUGUUCACUGUUGAAUUGGAUAUUUGUAUAUUUAAUUUAGUAAGCUUUUCAUAUGUUAUUUAAUUCUGUAUUAUUAUAUUUGUAUUAAGAUACUGAAUGAUUAUAAAUGUCAAGUCUAAA